CACACCCUCACUCUCCCCGCGGAUUCCGCCCCUGUUUAGCGAGAGAGAGUGAGAGAGAGAGAGAGAGGGCGAGAGGGAGAAGCGGUGUUUGUGCGAGCGAGAAAAUUCUUCACAAACAUAAGCCCCAAAUUUCUGUGAUAUUUAUAUUUAAACAUUUUUCUUCAAGCGAGAGAAAAUUCUUCAGAAACAUAAGAACAAAACUGUGUGAUAUAUUUUUUUUUUCAAGUGAGAAAAUUCUUCACAAACGUUAGAACAAAAUUUGUGUGAUAUUAUUUUUUACACUUUUCACUUAUUCUCACUCUGAACGUAAAUGAAAGCAAAUUUUGUGAUUUUACAUUGUUAUUCUCCAGUGGUGUCGGUGAUUUUAACUCGAACUUUAUCCCUGUAAUGAAAAAGGAAACUCCAGUGGUCGUUAGUUACAAAGGACAAAAUAAAUCUCUAGCGAGUGUCACUGUUAUCGAAUAAUACAGUUGAAAGAAAGCAAAAGUGAAAAAAAAGAAGAGAGAGAAACGAAAAAGAUAAAUGAAACCUGUGAGAGAAAGAAAAAUAAAGGAAAAUAAAUGAAUAAAGGAAAAAGUUACCCCCGUUUUCUAUAAAGAUUAAAGAGAAAACACAAACACUCGAACAACAACAACAACAACAACAACAACAACAGGAUAAGGAGUUGAAACACUAACUUGCGAUUUACAGAACCACACGUGUUGGCGACUGAGCGAAUUUAUUGUUCAUUAACAGGCCGAGGAACGCGAAAGAACGCGAAAGAACAGAAGAGAGGCAGAGACAACAGAGAACAUUGGCAGCUAACCAGUGCGUGAAAAGUUCGAAGCAGGAGCGCCGCCGCGGCAGGAACCCGAGGGAGAGCCCGGCGCUGCUGACACCCGCCGGCGGACGAUGCCGGCGACGCCCCCGGCCGGCCGCGGGGGCAGUUAGGACGCGCCGCCCGCCAUGAUGACGGAGACGGAGCUGGUGGUCCCCCGCGCCCCGGAAACCUCGAAUGUCCGGCCCGAUGCCUCCUCGACGCCUGCACAGAAGGUCGCCGCCCAUCCCAGCGCCCUGCCUCGCCCGCGCCUUCUCGCCCGCGCCCCGCCCGGACACCGCCCUCAGAGCCACUCGUAUCCCGGGACUUGCAAUUUCUACCAGGACAUAGCCGGAGCGCCGCGGGUGUGUGUGAUGGACCCCGAGGGCGUCCCGAAGGAAGAUACUCGUGCGGGAGACUUCGUGGGGCUCCGUUUCCCCGCCGGAAGCCUCGGCCAGGCCCCGAGGGACAGCGACUGCGUGCUGUCCUACGUGCACACGAACGGCAGCAUCGCGUACCCUCAGCACAAGCACAGUUGUGACACGAUGAACCCAAACGUUCGCAUAAACAUCGACGACGGCGACGCCUUCCCGCCGGGCCCCCUGAGGAGCAGCGACAGCUGGGACUCCUUCAGCACGAGCCCCGGCAGCAGCGAGAACGGCGACUCCGUGUCGAGCGGCAGCCGCGGCGAGGAAUUCUCGGAGGACUCGGAAGGCGACGGCUUCGUGGACUGCGGCCACGACAACUUCCCCUUCUGCCAGUGCCUCAACGAGAAGGCGGGGGGGCCGCCGGGGCUGCAGUGCGACCACGAGGAGUUCCCCUUCUGCGACUGCCUCGCCCGCGCCGCCGAGAUGAAGCACAAGAAGACGCUGGGCUACCGCCCCCCGCGCGGCGAAGGGCGCCGGCGCCGAGGCUACAUCGGGCCGUCCUUGAGCGCCUUUAGGGACGCCGGCCUCGAAGUCUUCGACGAGACGGAGGAGUCCGACUUCCAGGAGUCCGAGACGGAGACGGGCACGCCACAGGGACGGCACUCCGACGGCGAGACCGACACCGAGGGCGCAGGGGCGGAGUCCGAGGUCGAAGGAGCCGUAGGAUACAAUGGGAAGGAGUCGGACGAGGUCGCUGGGUCGGUCGGUCUCCUCGCGCCGCCCGGGCAGCCGCUGAGACGCGCGUCCAUCGUCACGUGCGACAGCAGAAGGGCCUCCAUCGUGACGAGUCCGGACCCCGUCAAAAUCGCCGUGUUCGGGACCGACGGCGUCGGCAAGUCGGCUCUGAUCGUACGACUCCUGACCGGCCGCUUCAUCGGAGAGUACGACCCCACCAUGGAGGCCGUCUACAGCUACCAGUUCCCACUUGAGGGGUACGACCUGCCGCUCCAGGUCAUGGAUACGGCGGGUCAUGUGGACGUGGUGGAGGCGGGUCGCGAGGCGCAGGUCUCGUGGGGCGAAGGCUUCAUGCUUGUGUUCUCCCUGACGUCGCACUCGUCCUUCGCCGCCCUCAGCCGCCUCCGCCGGGUCAUCCUCGAGCUGACCCCGGGAGCGCCUCGGCCGAUGGUCCUCGUGGGCAACAAGGCCGACCUGAGCCACGCCCGCGAGGUCAACCCUGACGAGAUCCGCGACCUGGUCGACUGUUGGGGCUGCGACUACUUCGAGGUGGCGGCGCCCGAGCCGUGGGACGUGGUGGUGCGGCCCUUCACGGCGCUCUAUCAGGCCGUGCUCGAGAGCCGGGGGACCUAAGAGUGCGUCGGGAGCCCUCAGGUCCUCGCAAGGGCGUCGAGGAACUGAUCCGCAGUUCAAGGGCCACAACAUAAGGCAGCUGGGCGUCCGCGGCUCGCCGGAAGAGAGAAAAGACUCUUUCUCGAACUCUUGAAGGAUUAUUUUGAAAAUGAUACGGCGGGGACGCGAACCGCUGCCAAGGACGGUGAUUGGAAAGUUACAGAUGAAUUUGACGGUGAUCGGAUGUGAAGUGCCAUUGGUGGUUGUGUUACGAAACUAUUGGUCUCGAUAUUUCAUUUACACACGGAACAGUAACUUCGAUUUCUUCCAUCUAACAAGCUGGGUGAUACAACGCUGAUCCAGAGUUCUGCUCCUAUCGGUUCUCAUCCCACUUGACUGUCCCUUCGUCUUCUGUUGAUAUCACUGCACUUUUGUAAUCAUUCAGUUUAGAGU